AUGUGCCUCUCUCCCCUCCAGAGGCCUAGUGAUAACAGCAGGGCUGAGCUUAGUGGAGGGGGCAGCAGGGUACAGCUCCUCGCCUGCCCCCCGUCCCAUGCCAGCCGAGAGGACUGCUCUCUCAACAGCCCUCUGUUCAGGAUCCCCCAGAGCACCGCAGCCCCCUCCCCACGACCCAGCCACAGAAGUCUGACCCUCCCUCUGACCAUCAACGGGGACACCAUGUCCCCCCACCAUCUGUGGCCCAGAGACACCCUGUCAGAGACCUCCUCCUCCUCAAGGGGGGGUAUGCGUUAUGGGGGUCUGACCCCGCGGCCCAGCCAGCACCCUAGUACCCUGAGCCUGACCCCCCUGGAUGGCAUCACUACGCUCCUGCUCCCCACCCCCAGCCUGCUGGCCCUGCUGCCCCCCCAGCCGUCCCCAGAGCUCCAUGGGCUGCAGGAGGCUGUGCUGGGCUUCCCUCUGCUGCAGAAGAGGGUGAGGGAGCUGAUCGCCCGGGCUAGGGCCACUGAACAGGAGAGACAGGACCGACGCAACCUCACACUACGCCCCCUGGAGGCCCUGCGCUGCAGGUACCUGCGUCUGUCUGAGAGCAACAUCAGCACUCUGCUCCAGCAGUGUAAGGACAGUGGCAUCGAUAUGGACAUCCAUCCUCAUAUGAAAGACUCUGACAUUGAUAUCAGCAAGCUAUUCAAGGGCUCCCCCCCCCUCCAUCCCUCAUAACUGUGAUCUGUCCUUCAUUCUUCAAAAACAAAAUACUAGAAAUGUGUUUUCUUUUGUGUGCUGUGUCUAAAAUAAAAGCUAUCGAAAUUGA